CCAAAUUUGGUUUAGAAAAGAGAAGACAACACUUGCACAAAUUCCAAAUUGUGAUCAUGUUCUUCAUUCUGAUACAUUGCACAGUUUAAAUGGCACAAAUUGACACAUACAAUACAACUUAUGGAAAACAAUAUUAUUAUGUUUUAACUUGUUUCAAAACUAGCCUUUAUGAGGGGUGUGUGUUAUGUAUCCAGAGCAUACCGGAGUCUUUGGCUGCGCGUAUGCUGAAUGUUGUAGUGCUGGAUCUGCAUUCGAACCAGCUGCAAGCUCUCCCGAACUCCAUUGGAUGUCUUUCCAAGCUAAAGAUUCUUAAUGUAUCUGGAAACCUUCUCAAGUCCUUCCCAAAGACGAUCGAGGAUUGCCGGGCUUUAGAAGAACUUAUAGCUAACUUCAAUCAGCUGAACAAACUCCCAGAAACCAUGGGUUUUGAGCUCACAAACCUCAGGAAGCUCUCCGUGAACUCCAACAAGCUCGCAUUCCUUCCCCAAUCCACCAGCCACAUGACCAACCUCCGUGUCCUUGAUGCCCGCCUCAACUGCCUCCAUUGUCUCCCUGAUGAUCUCGAGAAUCUCAUCCGACUCGAGGUCCUCAAUGUCAGCCAAAACUUCCACUACCUCCAUUCUUUACCUUACUCCAUUGGCCUCCUCACCUCGUUGCUCGAACUCGACAUAAGUUACAACAAGAUAACCGUUCUGCCAGACUCUAUCAGCUGCCUCACCAAGCUUCACAAGUUCCACGCAGAAGGCAACCCCCUUGUGAGCCCUCCGGUGGAGGUUGUGGACCAUAGCAUUGAUGCUGUGCGUGAGUACUUGAUUACCCGCAUGAAUGGCGUACCCACCGGCAAGCCCUCAGCAAAGAAAACGGCCUGGCUCAGUAGGCUGGUGAAAUGCGGGAGUUUCAAUGGUGGAAUGGGUGUGAAUAGCCGGCCUGGAGUAUAUGAGCACAACGGCUUCCUGCUCACUGAUUACCGUUCUAUUGUAGGCAUUGCAUCACCCCGGCAUGCCGGGAUGUUCUCCCCCCGCCGUCUCUUCUCUCCAAGGAGAUUUUCACCAUGGAGAUAAAGAGAUCACCGCAGGCAAGCUUCUCCCCUUGCCGAAAUUCAAUUCAGUUUUGGUAUGAAUUCUAUAACAACUCGUCUAAGGUGUCGUUCGUCAUAUACUUUCAUCGAAAGCCAGUUGGUAAAAUAAUCCAUUCAUAAAUACUACUCCAGUGAGUUUGGAACAUCUAAACUA